AUGCCCGCCAUUGCAUCUUCUCCCGCCGUCGCGCUCCUCCGCGCGCCCCUUGCCUCGCGCGCCGCGCGCAAGGCCCCCGCCGGUGGCACCUCCCAGAUUCGCCCUGCCGCGCGCCCCGCUUCGCUCGGUCGCGGCCGCUCCGUCACCGUCAGGGCCUCCGCGCCGGUCGACUCGGUGGUUUCCGGCGUGAACCAGGCGGUCCCCCAGGUGGCUGAUAUUUUCGGCAUCGACACUUCUGCUGCGGACACGCUCUUUGUGAACGCCGCUUCCAUCAUCCUUCCCGCGUGGGGCGCCAUCGUUGGUGCCAUCUUCGUGUUUGGCACUGUCUACAAGAUUGCAUUCCCGGACAAGUACAACGAGCAGGUGUACAGCGGCAAGGCGGCGGAGAUGGUGCAGGAUGAGAUCAUCGAUCUGGAUAAUCUCAGUGAGGAUGAUCUCGCCGCGGUGGCCGAGCUCGAGGCCGAGCGCGCCGCGCAGAAACAAUGAGUGGCGACAACCUCGGACAGUUGGAAUAUGAGUGCAGAGUUGGGAAAGUUGACGGUGCGUCAGCUUCAGGGGUUAGGGCGAAGCGCUCGAGGCGGAGGGGAGACGUCGCGCGUGUUUCCAUUUCUGCGGCAUCGUCGAUAUGUAAUAUGUAGAACUUUGACAAG